AUGCGUUCAAGAUUAGAAAUGCUUCCCGAUGAAAUGUUAUUAGAAAUUUGUCGUUAUCUACACAGUGGUGAUGUUCUUUAUUCUUUUUUUGGUCUAAACUCUCGUUUUAAUCAAAUGACCACAUUCUAUUGGCAACAUGUUUCACUUCAUCGAAUGUAUUACUUAAAAUUUCUUCAUAUUUUCACACAAAUUCUUCCUCAAAUCAGUUCAGCCAUUCGUUCGUUAGUUAUCUUCGAAAUCGAAUCUCCAUUAUUUUUCCAAUCUUUUUCCAAAAUUCACUUUUACGAAAAUCUAGAAAAGUUAACUUUAGUCAAUUGGACCGAUGAAAAGUUAUUUUUAUUUCUUGGAACAUUACAUAACAUGAGAAAUUUCCAUCGGUUAAUCAUUCAAGCGUUGGAUUUGACCGAAUCGAUGAAAAACAGAUGUUUUCUCGAGAAAGUCCUUAGUGCAAAUGAAAAUCAGUUGACUCAUGUGAUGUUCGAUCAUGAAUCUGACGCAUUUUGCUUGACCGAUAAAGAAAAGUGUAAUGCAAACGUUUAUCCCAACAUUCUUCAAUUAGAUAUUGAAUUACAAACAACGAAGGAUCUUUUUCAACUUUAUCGAAUGAUUCCCAAUGUUGAAAAACUCCACAUAACGUUCAAACGACCAUGGUCGAAAGUCAUCUGUGAUCAACAACAAUUCUUUUAUUUGAAAGAGUUGUCCGUUUAUGCAAUGAGUUGGUUUUCGACUCUCGAGGAUUUGAAAACUUUGUUAAGAAUUUCUCCAGUUUUAGAAAAUCUUUCUGUAGUUCUUGUUAGUCACGAUUAUUCACUUAUUAAUGGUCAAUGUGUUUCAGCACUUCUCCCGUCGACGACUAAGAAAUUCGAUUAUAGUAUUUGUUAUCAACCAUCAGAUUUAAACGCAGAUUUGAAUUGCAAAACAAUACUUCAAACAUGGAAAUCAAUUCCAAUUGCGUAUUCGAUUUGCGAAAAUGACAAACGAAUAUUUUUACAUACGACCAAUUAUCAAUGCAAUCGCUUAUCCUUACGUUCACUUUUUCAUAAAAAUAUGUCCGUACGAAAAGACAGUCAUGUCUACAAUAAAGUUCGUCAUAUACAUAUUUAUGAUACAAUUGCUCUAGCGGAAGUUUUUGGCAUUGUCCAACAUUGCAAAUUCGUUCUAGAUUUGAUUAUAUCUAUGCGAACAUUACCACCAAGAAAUCAAGUUCCAGUCGAAACUCCGAAAGUUUUUCCACAUUUAAAUCGACUGGAUUUUUUAUCGAUCCAAGGCAAUCCAUCGGAUACUGAAUACAUUGAAAAGAUUCUUUCCGUUGCGCCGAAUCUUUCUGCAUUCUCAAUUGAUUUCGAUUGUUUAUAUAAAUUACUUUCAAAUGAUGACCAAACAUUACUUUUAUAUUAUCUUCUCUCUCGACGUAUUGUUAUUUUAUGUAUUCGCUUUGAAAAUAGCCUUAUUGACAAUUUAACAACUGAACAUAUUCAUUACAUUGCUCGAAUCUUUUCUCAAGUAAAUCACAUUUGUUUUGACUUACGAAACUCGAAACUUUCCAUUCAAUCACGUCUGAUUUCAUCUAUUUUGAAUUCUUUUCCAAAAUUAAUCGUUCUCAGUUUAUACGGGAAAUUGUCUGAUGAGAUUAACUCGAACAAAAAUGCAUUGUAUGAAUAUCUCAUUGAACAGUCAACAGGUCGAUUGAAAAAUCGAGAUCAGUUCCAAAUUGAUUAUGGAAACGAACGAGUCAAAGUUUGGAUGUGA